GCGAUUCUCGGAUCGCUGAUGACUCCCUUCAGACGCCUCGCUAGGUGUGUGCUUGUGGGGUUACGAUCAUAGGUUUUCGAUUGAAACAAAGUAACGUGAAUAUUUCUAUUUCAUAUUAUGGAGCCGUAUGAUGUAAUUGUUAAUCAGCCAGUGGUUAUUGACAACGGAUCUGGCGUUAUCAAGGCAGGGUUUGCAGGUGACCAAAUACCAAAAUGCAGAUUUCCGAAUUAUAUUGGAAGGCCAAAACAUGUACGUGUUAUGGCUGGUGCUUUGGAAGGAGAUUUGUUUGUGGGUCCAAUAGCGGAGGAACAUCGUGGCCUUUUAUCUCUUCGGUACCCUAUGGAACACGGUGUAGUCACAGAUUGGAAUGAUAUGGAACGUAUUUGGUCUUACGUUUACAGUAAAGAUCAGUUAGCUACAUUUAGUGAGGAACAUCCAGUCUUACUUACAGAAGCACCUUUAAACCCCCGAAAGAAUCGUGAGAAGGCAGCUGAAAUAUUUUUUGAAACAUUUAAUGUGCCAGCUUUAUUUGUUUCCAUGCAAGCUGUACUUAGUUUAUAUGCAACAGGCAGAACUACAGGAGUAGUUCUAGAUGCUGGCGAUGGUGUCACACAUGCUGUACCUAUUUAUGAAGGUUUUGCUAUGCCUCACAGUAUAAUGCGAGUUGAUAUAGCAGGACGUGAUGUUACAAGAUACCUUAGGUUACUUUUACGCAAGGAAGGUAUUAAUUUCAAGACCACAGCAGAAUUUGAGAUUGUCAGAACAAUUAAAGAGCGAGCAUGCUAUCUUGCUAGUAAUCCCCAAAAGGAAGAAACGAUAGAGACUGAGAAGUUUCAAUAUGUUUUACCUGAUGGCAGUCAUUUGGAGAUUGGUCCAGCACGAUUUAGAGCUCCUGAAGUGCUUUUCAGACCAGAUCUGAUAGGUGAAGAAUGCGAAGGCCUUCAUGAAGUUUUAACAUACUCCAUUCAGAAAUCUGAUUUGGAUUUGAGAAAAGUUUUAUUUCAAAAUAUUGUUCUGUCAGGAGGAUCGACAUUAUUCCGCGGUUUUGGGGACAGACUAUUAUCGGAGAUUCGUAGAAUGUCGCCAAAGGAUAUUAAAAUAAGGAUAUCCGCGCCGCAAGAACGAUUAUACAGUACUUGGAUCGGUGGUUCCAUUUUGGCAUCUUUAGACACAUUCAAAAAGAUGUGGGUCAGUAAAAGAGAAUUUGAUGAAGAUGGUAUACGUGCUAUUCAUCGUAAAACGUUUUGAACUUAAUUUAGAAAAGCUUUCGAAAAUGUUAUAUCAAUUAAUUUUAUUAUUAAUAUAAAAUGAUGGCACACACUUGGCACGAUAACAAAACGUAUUGCAGCAAACAUAUUCUUAAUUGUUUUGUAUAGUAACUCGUAUAAUUUCUAUCAUUAUUUCAAGGGAUCAUUACUCAUGCAUUUUUAAUUAUAUUUUUAAUCAUGCUAUAAUGCAAAAACGAUAUUAAUUUGUUGUU